AUGGCGGGCGCGCUGGGCGUGGGGCCGGGGGUGCUGGCGCUGCUGGUGCUCUGGGCCAUGGCGCUGCUGCUCGGGCUGGCGCUGGUGCGCGCCGGCCGCGCCCGGGUCGCCGCGGUGCCGGUGGCGCUCGGAGCCGCCGCGCUCACGGCCGCGCUGCUGCUCUUCCCCCGGGAGGGCGAGAGUCCGGCCCCAGCCGGCGCUGAGGAGAUUGUGGACACCUUCCUCAUCGGCCGCUUCAUCCUCCUGGCUGUGAUGAGCCUGGUCUUCCUCGGGUGCCUGUUCCUGUUCCUGAUUUACCACCUCAUGGAGCCUGUGUAUGCCAAGCCACUCCACAGCAGCUAGAGACAGCAGUCUCUGCAAAGGGAAGAUCCUGAUUUCAUGGGAAUAAAGCAGAAAGAGACACCAGGAAGCUGUUCUGGAGGUGACCAUGAUCUUCCUGAGCUCAGAAAGAGCCAGUGAAGGAAGUGAAGUCUUUGCUUCAUCUCAAAAAGCAAAGUUUGGUCUGAGCAUGAGCCCCUUACUCCCCAGGGGGUUCAAGCCUCUGCACCUGCAAAGGUGUGUGAACCUCUGAAUCCUGCUCUCAUU